AUGUCUGGAUCGGGCCCAGCCAUGGCAUCGUUGGAACCAGGCCUCACCGGGUCCCUAAACCGGGGCCAAGCCCAGACCUACGGCACCGGCGGGAGCCCCGUGCCCCCGCAGCGCCCUGGCACCCGGGAUCAGACCUACCUGGAUGAACUCAUCAGCAUCCCCAAGGGCAGCGGGCCCGGUUUCAGCUUUAGGAAACUCUGGGCUUUCACUGGUCCCGGCUUCCUCAUGAGCAUCGCCUACCUGGACCCGGGAAAUGUGGAGUCGGACCUGCAGUGUGGGGCAGUGGCGGGGUUCAAGCUGCUGUGGGUGCUGCUGUGGGCCACCGUCCUGGGGCUGCUGUGCCAGCGCCUGGCCAUCCGGCUGGGCGUAGUGACAGGGAAGGACCUGGGCGAGAUUUGCUACCUCUAUUACCCCAAGGUGCCCCGUGUGCUGCUCUGGCUCAUGAUUGAGAUCGCCAUCAUCGGCUCCGACAUGCAGGAGGUGAUUGGGACAGCCAUCGCCUUCAGCCUGCUCUCGGCUGGCCGCAUCCCACUCUGGGGUGGGGUCCUCAUCACCAUCGUGGACACCCUUUUCUUCCUCUUCCUUGACAAGUACGGACUCUGCAAACUGGAGGCUUUCUUUGGCCUCCUCAUCACCAUCAUGGCCCUGACUUUCGGCUAUGAGUACGUGGUGGUGAGGCCAAGCCAGGUGGAGGUGCUGAAGGGCAUUUUCCUGCCCUACUGCCCGGGCUGUGGGCGAGAGGAGCUGCUCCAGGCCGUGGGUAUCGUCGGCGCCAUCAUUAUGCCCCAUAACAUCUUCCUCCACUCCUCCCUGGUCAAGACACGGGCAAUUGACCGGUCCAAGAAGGAGGCAGUGCAGGAAGCCAACAUGUAUUUCCUGACCGAGUCCUGCCUGGCCCUCUUCAUCUCCUUCCUCAUCAACCUCUUCGUCAUGGCUGUCUUCGGUGAGGCUUUCUACCGCCAGCGAAACGAGGAUGUGCACAACAAGUGCGUCAACAGCAGCGUCAGCCGCUACGCUGGCAUCUUCCCCCUCAACAACGAGACGGUCUCUGUGGAUAUCUACCAGGGGGGUGUCAUCCUGGGCUGCUAUUUCGGGGCGGUGGCUCUGUACAUCUGGGCCAUCGGGAUCCUGGCGGCGGGACAGAGCUCCACCAUGACGGGGACCUACGCGGGGCAGUUCGUCAUGGAGGGCUUUUUGCAGCUCCGUUGGUCCCGCUUCGCCCGGGUGCUCUUCACCCGCUCCUUUGCCAUCCUGCCCACCAUUUUCGUGGCUGCCUUCAAGGACGUCAGCCACCUCACGGGCAUGAAUGACCUGCUCAACGUCCUCCAGAGCAUCCUGCUGCCCUUUGCCGUCUUGCCCGUCCUCACCUUCACCAGCCUGCGCCCACUCAUGCAGGACUUCACCAACGGCCUCUUGGGGAAGGUGCUGAUGACCCUCAUCACAGGGCUGGUCUGCGGCAUCAACCUCUACUUCGUGGUGGACUUUCUGCCCACGCUGCGGGGCCUGGGGUACCAUAUCCCCCUGGGCCUGCUGCUGGUCAUCUAUAUGGCCUUCGUCGCCUACCUGAUCUGGACAUGCAGCAUCGCACACGGAGCUCGGUUCCUGGCCUGGGGCCACCACAACCGCUUCAGCUUCGGCGUCUCCCUCGACCCACCAGCAUUGGCAGGGACCCAGUGACAGACCCUGUCCCUUCUUACAGUGGCCUCUCCCCUGCCCAGCACGGACCCCCCCGCACCGGGCACUGAUUUGAUGCCGCACCGAGCCCGGGGACAGAGAUAACC